GCUAGGCUAGAGGAGCUACUCGAGACAAACAGCAGCGCUCUGCGAAAACCACUUUUACCAUCCGCAUCCAGCGAGUACUGGGCGCCGACGAGAAAACAUCCCAUAUUCCGCACAUAAAUGUCCGCAUGGAUUACUGAUACACUUUCGUCGAAGAGCAGAAGUCUUUCUCCACUUGACGGCGUAGCCCCACUUUCGUCACACUGGUCGACUAGAGGACUCAUUGAAAGAUGAAGACUCUGGAGGAGCCCCCCUACUUGACAGUAGGGACGGACGUGAGUGCAAAGUACCGAGGGGCUUUCUGUGAGGCCAAGAUUAAGACUGCCAAGAGGCUAGUCAAGGCCAAGGUGACCUUUAAACCAGAUCUGACCACAGCUGAGGUUCAUGAUGAAAAUAUCAAAGGAGUUCUAAAGGUGGGUGCUGUUGUAGAGGUGAAGAAUCAGGAUGGAGUUUACCAGGAGGCCACAAUCAACAAGCUGACUGAUGCUAGUAUAUAUACUGUUGUCUUUGACGAUGGCGAUGAGAAGACCCUGAGGCGUUCCUCUCUCUGCCUGAAAGGAGCGCGUCACUUUGCAGAGAGCGAGACACUUGACAGACUCCCUCUCACCAACCCCGAGCACUUCGGCACACCUGUCAUCGGCAAAAAGGGCAACCGCGGGCGACGAUCAAACCCUAUUCAAGAAGAAGAGUUGUCUUCAUCUUCCAGUGAAGAGGAGGAGAGUGAUAAGCGGCAGAAUGAGGAAAUGUUUGGCAAAGUGGUCUGUGUGGAGGGGGUCACCACCGGGGACAAGAAGAAGAGCACGUGGUACCCUGCACUGGUCAUCUCCCCGGACUGCCAUGAAGAUGUGAAUAUGAAGAAGGACAACAUCUUCGUCCGCUCGUUCAAAGAUGGAAAAUUUUCCAUGGUGCUGAGGAAGGACGUCCGUGAGAUCAGUAGUGACAGUCCUCCAAAAGCCGACGCAGGGCUCAAACCAGCGCUGGACGCAGCCUUUGAGUUCCAGCAUCAGUUGCUCGUGCCCAGCACCUGGAAGACGGAAGUGAAAGAAGAAAGUUCCAGCAGUGAGGAGGAGGAUGACGAUGAAGAGGAAGAGCAGCCGAAAAAUGCCAGUGGUGAAGAAGAAGAGGAGGAAGUGGAGCCGUUCCCAGAGGAGAGGGAGAAUUUCCUGCAGCAGCUUUACAAGUUCAUGGAGGAUCGAGGAACUCCCAUCAACAAGCGACCUGUUCUGGGCUACAAGAACCUGAACCUGUUCAAGCUCUACAGGCUGGUGAACAAACUGGGAGGCUUUGAGAACAUUGAAAGUGGUGCAGUUUGGAAGCAAGUCUAUCAGGAUCUGGGAAUCCCCGUGCUUAACUCUGCCGCUGGCUACAAUGUCAAAUGUGCUUACCGCAAGUACUUGAAUGGAUUUGAAGAAUACUGCACUUCCACGGCCAUAACCUUCAGGAUGGACCUCCCCUUGAAGCAGGGUCCUAAGGGGGAGGUGAAGUCUGAGGGGGAGGCAGGAGGAGCAGCUCCCACAUCCUCUGGGUCAGAGGAGCAGAAAGCCCAGGAGGAUGAGGAACCUUGCAGUGCACAGUCUGUAGUCUGCAAGGAGGAGAAACCUGAUACAACCAGAAACAAAACGGAGUCUGAACCUCCAAAGUCUGUGGAAAAGGAGAGUACAGACGAUGAAGAUGGGGAAGAAGACGCCCCCCACAACGGAGACGCAGAGGAGGGCUCGUCGACUGCUCACCUUGCAGCCGAGCAUGUGAAACAGGAGCUCGACGAGGAGCAGGAGAGCAAGGACAACUCUGGGGAUGACAGCAGUCAGGAGGGGGAGGAGGGGGAGGAGUUUGAGUGUUACCCCCCGGGGAUGAAGGUGCAGGUGAGGUAUGGGCGAGGCCGCAAUCUGAAGACGUACGAGGCCACUGUGAAAGAGGCAGACGUGGAGGGGGGAGAGGUGCUCUACCUGGUGCACUACUGUGGCUGGAACGUCAGAUAUGAUGAAUGGAUCAAAGCUGACAAGAUUGUGCGCCCCGCCAAUAAGAAUGUUUCAAAAAUAAAGCACCGCAAAAAAAUAAAGAACAAAUCCGAGAGGGAGCGAGACAGGCUGGAGAGGAUCAAUGACAGAGAAGUCCUCGGCCCGUCGCCCAACGGUAACCGCGUCCCGCGCUCCAAAUGUGGCCUGAGUCAGGAUGUCUUUUCCAAGAUGGACGAGGGUGAGGACAAAGGGACUGCAGUCAAGUCUAUAGAAAUUACCUCUAUCCUCAAUGGCUUGCAAGCCUCGGAGAUGUCCUCUGACGAGAGUGAGCACGAAGAUGAGGAGGCGGAGCAUCUUGAAGAGGAUCACCCAGGUUGCAGAGGCAGCCUCAAAAAGGCCCCACUAGAGUCGCCGCAAACAUCAGAGCGUUGGGAGGGCGGGACGACUCCUGAAGGGUCCAAACCUGCUUCAGUCUCAGGAAAGAGCCAGGAUGUAGUCAAUGCAGAGAGCACAGACUCCGGGAAGCGCAGAAGUCAACCUGAGUCAGAGGGAGAGGCAAGCACCAGGAAGAGGAAAUCUGACAGUGCAGCUGAGAGGACCCUGAAAGGCCAAUCCAAAGCUAAGACGAGGAACACCAGGAGUGCCGACUGGUUACCUGGAGGCUCUCCCAGGAAAAUGGAUGAGAGAGCGGCCGGUCCCGGGGAGGAGAGGGGCCCCUCAUCUAACAGCAGCUCAGAUUCUGAGGGUGCAGCGAUGGCCGAGGCCCCGGCUGAGGGACCUCAACGAGGCCGCCCAAAAACCAAAGGUUCCCCUUCUAAGAAAUACAACGGGAUGAAGGAGAAGUCCAAAUCAAAUAGACAAGCAGGGUUCUGGGAGAUUCCUGAAAAGAGGGCAAAAGCAUCUGGGAAUGCUGAGGAAAGGCCUGCUGUCCGUGCUAAAGGACAAAAGGAUGUGUGGUCAAGCAUCCAGGCACAGUGGCCGAAGAAAACUCUCAAAGAGUUGUUCUCUGACUCGGACACAGAGGCCGCCAACUCUCCUCCCCCGCCUGUACCCUCGUGCCUGGAGGAGCCGAGUCUGGACCAGGAUGCUGGGCCCGAGGACGAAGUCUCAGAAGAGCAGAUGGAGAACGACAAACUCCAGGAGUUUCCGAGCAGCGGCAGUAACUCUGUACUCAACACACCGCCAACAACGCCUGAGUCCCCCUCGGGAGGAGGCAGCACCGUGGAAGACUCUGUUCAAGUGCAGCCUUCCUCCCCACCGCCGUCCAUACCCCCUGCCUUGCCUUCAGAGACAGUUGCUGACGCUCUUCCCCCAGGACCCAUACAGGAGGAGGUGGCAGGCGGGCGCAGUGAGACGGACAGCAGCACGGUGGAGGUGGAGAGUCUGGGCGGGGAGCUGCAAGACCUCCCUCAGGACGAAGGGACGGGUUCACCCUCGAAGGUGUUCGACGUCAGCCUCUCCUACAACAACAGCAGCAGCAGCUGCAGCCUCGAGCUGAGCAGCAGCAGCCAACAGGAGAGCGAGCAGAAGUCCAAAGGUACACAUAACGCGUCUGCGAGUCAGAAGCGGCAGAAAGAAUCACAGACAGGCGGAGCCGCAAAGAAACACAAGCCAAACCGCAAGAGCCUAGGUGUGCCUCCAAAAAAGAAUAGGAAAACAGCCAACAGCAGUGACAGUGAGGACCAGUCUGUGGUUGAGGGCACUGCCAAAUCAACUCCCUCUAAGAUCAACACAUCAGAUGUGAAGGCUGCCGCUUCACCCAAGUGUCACGGACGAUCUCCGCCCUCGAGCCAUAAGUACCACAAGCAGGGUGACGCCGACCAUGGCCAGCACCGAGACCACCAUGGGAGAUCGCAGCGUGUCUACAAGUGGAGCUUCCAGAUGUCUGACCUGGAGAAGAUGAGCAGUCUGGAGAGGAUUUCGUUUCUUCAGGAGAAACUGCAGGACAUCAGGAACCACUACCUCUCCCUCAAGUCUGAGGUGGCCUCUAUCGACCGACGACGAAAACGCAUGAAGAAGAAGGAAAGGGAAAGUACGGUGGCUGCUUCCUCUUCAUCCUCCUCCUCCUCCUCCCCGUCCUCCAGCUCGCUGACUGCGGCGGUCAUGCUGACACUGGCUGACCCUCCAGUGUCAUCCUCCUCCUCUCAGAACUCUGGGGUAUCAGUGGAGUGCAGGUGACAGGACGAACCUGUAACAAGCCACCGCACCAAGCACUUAACCAGCACCCUGGGGUCACCGCCCCCAUUCCCUUCCAACAGGACGGACAACUAAACCUACAUACUGUAACUACUGGGGCACAAAAUCCAGACCAGAGACAAAAAAAAACAAGAAACAAGCACUAUUUUCUAUUGACAACUGUUUCCUUGGCAAGCUAUCGGCACUUAAGUGCACUUUUAUGAAGAUUGUGUAGGGGGGAUGAAAUUUGUCAACAACAACAACAACAAAAAUAUUGUCUUUAGCGCUCUCUUUAAUUGAACAUUUCUAAGAAUUGUUUUUGCAAGCAAUAAUUUUUUUUCCAUUUGAAAAAGUUGUAUUGGUAAGGGAUGAUUUCCAGUGACGACCCCUUGUGCUCGGUCCUCAUGGCUCAGCAUGGCACAGCCUGCGUCUGCCGUGUUUUUAUUAUUCUGGGGAAUUCAGAGGAACACUGCCACAUUGGCAUAAUGGGCGUUUUGAAAUUAAACUUUGCCAGUUUCUCUGUCCACUCGCAUUACAAGGCCUUUAAACCUCAAGCGGUUGACGAUGGUCUUCUCAUGUACAGGGGUGUGGUCCCGUAAGUGUUCCCACUGAGUCACACCAGGUGGUGAUAGAGAGGGUUUCUGACCAUCACAGGUCCACUGACAGCCUCAGUGGAUGAAUAUGAUGAAUAAGGAAUGAUACUGUAGUGCCUUUUUGUUAUUUUCUGCUGGGCACUUUGAGAAAGGACAGCGCACCCACCACCCCCGAUCCUCUUCUCAAAUCAGAGGGUCAAACUGGAAUAAUGUGUCCCUUAUGAAAGACUGAAGAUUUCUGCAUGAGUGAGCCGGCAGUGAAGGGCUGAGACUGAUAACAAUGGUUUUUAUCAGUGAUGGUCAUUUUGAAGAAUUGUAAAAGCAGAGCUCCUGCUAUGGAUCACCUGAAAUCUAAUCAUUCAGCUCGGGUACAACAAGUUUGGCAGUAAAAAUGUGCAAUGAUGGAGUUGGCGAAUGCAGUGGUCACAUUACUUCAGUUCAUUUGCCUUUGAAAAGCCCAUCUGCUUUAUUUUUAUUAUGUUUUCAUCACCCCCUAUCUCAUCGUCUUCACUGAAGAUGUGAUGGUGCACAUCAGUGGAAGGCAGCCGCCGCAGCAGGAGAAGUUAUUUACAGCAUGAACUCAGCUCUGACACAUGAAUGAGGCUGAGUUCCACGUAAUCAGUGUUUUCGCGCCACAUGAAGUUAUUUAAUCAAGUCUCAUUUAGCUUCAUAAAAUAAAGCAACACCAUCUCAUUCUCAUUUACUCAUAAUCAGUAAGGACACGCCAGCUUCCUCUCAUACUCAUCCCUACCAAAAACGUUUGGCUCUGUUUCCUGUGCUAAGACCAGAUCAAAAGGUAAAGAUAUUGUAAAUGUGCAUUUAUAUCAUAAAGUGACGUAUGUGUGUACAUUUCUGAAGAUCUCCAGUGUUUCCUUUGUAUAGACUCCCUACUGUACGAUAAACUGAAGUUGCGUUUUGUUUGGCACUUGUAUGUAAUUGUAUGCUUUUGUUAUACAUUUGUAUAUUGAGAAGUGUUUUGAGUCAAGCUAUUUAAUAUCUUGCACUGUUAAUAACAUGUACUUUUCUGUACAGACAGUUUUACGGUUUUAACUGUAGUUUGAGUGUAAAUACUGAGGGUUACAGCAUGUUUGUUCUCCUCAUUUGUCCUAUUUUUCUCUAGGAACCAAUUUAUUUGAGUUUAUUUUCUGUUCUGCCUCUAUCUUGAGUUGUCCUAGUCUUUCCUUAUUUCAUUUUUUAUUUCAUGUUUUUGCUUCAGUUCAUAUUCCUGUUUUUGUUUUCCAAGAGCUUGUUGCUUGUAAGAGGAGAAUGGUGGUUUUCGAAUGCGGCUGAACUAUUUUCCAACCUGUACAUGGCCUGAAGCUAAAGCUGUAUGAAGCUGUAUAUGGAGAAAAAAAAGGUCAGGAUCAUAGAUAAAGAGAAAGUAAUGGAGCUUAUUGAAAAAUGCUCAAUAGUAUUUAUUAGGCUCAUCUGAUGAUGGUCAUUGUGUAAUUUAUUGUAAAAAUGUAAGCAAAGCAGAAGCCUCUGUUUGAAAUAAAUGCCAUAGUUUGUGAAGUA